AUGCCUGAAAAUCCAGAAACUCCCAAAAUAAAGGCGGCAUCUGAUACCGUCGAAGAUAUUGCAGUGGAACUGAUUCAUUUGGUGCGCACCGAUUUGCACGAAAGAGAGAAACCAUACAAACUCCAGUACGAUCCAGGGAAUGGGAUUCCACGCUCAAAUUGCACAAAUCAGAUAUACGAUUCCAUCAUCGUCCGAGAUUUGCGUGCCUGCAGAGAGUCCCUCUCCUUCGAUGUGAAUGGGUUUACGGUCCUAGACAUGGAAUCUAAAUUGAAGUCCAGCGAAUUCUACGACGAAGCCCGCGUCAAAGAUGUAUACUACAUGGAACUCAAAGACCUUCUUUGCCAAUUCUUUGAUUCUUCACGGGUCGAGAUCCUAGAGCACUCGGUACGCCAUCCGAAGCGUUUUACAUUGAUGCUAGCAGUGAUGGCUCAUGAUUCAAAGAUCCGGAAACGCCACCCCCAAUUUCCAGUCUCGACAGGCGAGGACUACGAGUUCCUUCAGCCAACUUCGGUGGUGCACACAGGUAAGCUUGUCGUCUAA